ACCGGCAUUGCCCUCUGACCUUCAACCGGAGCAGUAUAUAUAGCCGGGGGAGAUGAGCGGAAGGCCCCUGGCAGCCAAAAUGAAGUCUCUGGUGUCUGUGUGCUGCUUUCUGUCUCUUCUGGCACUUUGUGCUGCAGACCCUUCUGUCCAUGAUGAGGAACCUCUCAUGCGUCUGCAGCUCCAGCAGCCAGAGGGAGAUCUUUUCUCCUGCGGAUGUGACACAACAGGAGAACCCAGCAGCCAAAGCUCCUCCAACGACACCCCAGCACCGGAGAGGGCCAUGUGCCCGCCCUGCAAACCCGCUUUAGAUGCCAAAGAGGAGCCGAGCACCAAUUCCUCAGAGCAGGAAGAGGAGGAAGAAGCACGUGUGCCUGAGGAUGAUUCUUCUGCCGAAGAGGUAGCAAGUGAAGGGGAAGAAGGGGAAGAGGAAAAAGAAGAAGAACUGACAUCUGAAGAAGAGCCUGAGGAGGAGACAGUGGAGGAUCAAAGUGUGGAGGAGGAUGAGGAGGAGGGAGUAGCUGAGGAGGCUGCAUUACCUGAAGAGGUUGAGAUGUCAGCUGAGCCUGAGGAGGAUAAAAUGGGAGAAACUGUGCCAGAGGAAACAGAUGAAGAGGAAGCUGAAAUCGCUGUAGCACAACCAGAGGAAGAACCUGCCAAGCUUCAUGAAACAGACCUGGAAGUUGAAGAAACAGAACCAGAAGUGGCAGAAGAACCAAAACCAGCACCAGCAGAGGUUGUGCCAGAACCCGUUGUGGAGGAAGUAUCUGUGGAGGAAGUAUCUGUGGAGGAAGUAUCUGUGGAGGAAGUAGCUGUGGAGGAUGUAGCUGUGGAGGAUGUAGCUGUGGAAACAACAGUGGAGACGGCUCCUGUGGCUGAAAAGACACCUGCUGAUGGGGAGGAAGUGAGAGUGGAGGAGGUGACUGCAGAGGAGCCUGCACAGUCUCAAGCCAAAGAGCACACAACAGGCGAACCAGUCGGCCGGGCACUGAGGGACCGCUCCCACAUUGAGGACACGCUGCGGUUGGCAGCUGCUGAGGCCACCGAAGAGUACUCAAGUGCCAUGAAGACACUGCUGAACAUCUACCACAAGUCCAUCAAGCCAAUGGAACAAGCCUUUAAGUAUAACGAGCUCAGGCAGCAUGAAGUCACAGAUGGUGAGGUCACCUCCAAGCCCAUGGUCUUGUUUCUGGGACCCUGGAGUGUCGGCAAGUCCUCUAUGAUCAACUACCUGCUUGGUCUUCAUGGCACCUCCCAGGAACUCUACACAGGUGCUGAACCCACCACAUCGGAGUACACCGUCAUAAUGCACGGCGAGAAGUUCCGGAGCAUAGAGGGAAUCGUCAUGGCGGCAGACAGCUCGCGGUCCUUCUCGCCCCUGGAGAAGUUCGGCCAGGGCUUCCUGGAGCGACUGGUGGGCAUUGAGAUGCCCCACAAGCUGCUGGAGAGGGUCACCUUCGUUGACACGCCGGGCAUCAUUGAAAACCGCAAGCAGCAGGAGAGAGGUUACCCAUACAACGAGGUGUGCCAGUGGUUCAUUGACCGGGCUGAUCUGAUCUUCCUGGUGUUCGACCCCACCAAGCUGGACGUGGGAGGUGAGCUGGAGAUGCUCUUCAAGCAGAUGAAGGGCCGCGAGUCCCAGAUCCGCCUCAUCCUCAACAAGGCUGACAGCCUCUCCACGCAGAACCUGAUGAGGGUCUAUGGAGCUCUGUUUUGGAGCAUGGCUCCGCUGAUUAACGUUACGGAGCCGCCCCGUGUCUACGUCAGCUCCUUCUGGCCUCAGGACUACGCUGCAGACACCAGUCGGGAGCUCUUCAUGAAGGAGGAGAUCUCUCUGCUGGAGGACCUCAACCAGGUGAUCGAGAAUCAGAUUGAGAAUAAGAUCGCUUUCAUCCGCCAGCACGGCAUCCGUGUGCGCAUCCACGCCCUGCUGGUGGACCGAUACCUCCAGACCUACUACGACAAGCUGGGCUGGUUCAGCGACCCCCAUGAGGUGUUCCAAGACAUUGUGAACGACCCCGACAAGUACUACAUCUUCAAGUCCAUUCUGGCCAAGACCAAUGUCAGCAAAUUCGACCUGCCCGACAAGGUAGCCUACCAGGACUUCUUCGGGGUGAACCCGGUCUCCAGCUUCAAGCAGCUCUCCUCCCACUGCAGCUGGAGCGGCGGCUGUCUGCUGGAGAAGAUAGAGAAAGCCAUCUCACACGAGCUCCCGGCUCUGCUCAGCAAAGUGAGCAAGAUAGGAGACACACCCGCCCCUGCGAAGGCCGCGCCGGCACCCCCGCCCCCUCUGCCCGGUACCUGCGAGGGUGCCGGGUGUGAGGAGAAACCCAAGAACCGCUGGAGGAGGCAGUGAGAUGGAGGAGGUGGGGUGCAGGAGGGGUAAACAGAGGAGGCAGACGGUGGCAGCAGCCAGAGGGUUUCCUGAAAUAAACACCGCUGAUGUGAUUUUCAGAGCUGGCUAUUGGGAAGCUCAGCAGGAAGAGAGCGUGAGAGAAUAGAAAACCUGUCAAGAUCUUCAGCACCAAGCAGACAAAGUGCUUUACAGUGCAUAAAAAAAACAAACAGACAGAAAAUGUUCCAAAGUGGUUAUCAGAUACUUUUAUCAGACUGUUCAGUAAUUACAACUCUCUGGUACACAUUAUCCCAUGUGACAGCAACCAAAACAAGCAAAUAAAACCUUCUACGCGAGCUCUUUGACAGUUUAAUUUAUAGUGUAGAUAAAAAGGGGUGUAGUCAGCUUCCCAUCCGAAGCCACUGCUGUCUGCUAAAAGUGCUGAAUGUCUGAUUUGGAAAAAUGCCUCCACAUAAAACGAGACGUCAUGUCCAACUUCUCCUGUGAGUAAAGCCUAAGAACGAGACCCUUUUUCAAGUUUGUAUAUUAUUUAUUCAGUUUUCUUUUUCAACGGAGAAAGACACUGGCAGCGGCGGUACUCCUCUUCAGAGCAUCAGUGCUGCCUCCGUUAUGUCUUGGGUGUGCAAAGUCUGAAGAUUCACAAAUGUGCUGUGCCGCCUCUACUCAGACCGCCAGGGUAACGCUCUGUAAGCAGAGUAGGUUGAUUUUAGUACGACAGAACACAGAGAAAGGUGCUCUCCUGUUUUUAUAGGUUCUAGUUUCUAUAUUUAACUGUGCAACUGUAUACUGUACUAUAAUUUGUAUUGUACUGUUGUUCAUUAUAAAAAGUAUUUGUAUUUUAGCAUUUCUUGUGCAUUGGAGUUGUACUGAGUGAAUGUAAUUUGUUCUCGUAGUUUUCUUUUAAUGUCAGCUUCACUGCAAGUGUGGCCUUUUCAGCCCUCCGAACUGUCCCUAGAUUGACCUCAGCACAGCUUCAUAGCACACGGGCAUUUGACUUUAAAAUCUCAUCUUUUCCUCAUUCUUCUAGGUCUGUUUUUCAUUGUCACUGUUUUGUGUGAUUUCUUUGGAGUAAACAAUAACAAAAAUCAA